UGGUGUGACCACGGCUCACUGCAGCCUCCAUUUCCUGGGCUGAGUGAUCCUCCUGCCUUAGCCUCGCAAAGGCUAAGGCACCCUUCUGAUAUAUCAACCAAGAAACAUACUAAGUAAAUGGCUUAAAAUCACAAUCUAAUUAUAGGCAGGAAUAACUAAAAUCAGACUUCCCAACUCCUAGCCCUUUCCAAUACAUUAAAGUGACCUUGAUUCAUCUGUGUAUACAUCACGGACCUGUAGUCAUGCUCCUAAGUUUAACUUUCCAAUAUUGCUUGUAUCGUUAACUCUGUAACUUUCUAUCAAGGAUCUUUCCAGUGGCAUAGGAAAUGUGUAUGUCCUCUGAGAGGCACACCUACAUGCACUUGGGCAGGUGCACAGGUGGAUCUGUAUUCUCAGCCUGCCCAUUCAGUCUGAACAAAAAGGAAUCAUGAUAGUUUGAUUCCUGGGUGCAGAGCAAUGCUACACACAUUCCGGUAUGGUUGUUGGAGUCUAAGAACAGUGUUCCCAUGCAGAUAGGUGACAUGAAAAAUAUGUGGCCUUCAUUUCCUGGAAUGUUAUAGCCAUGGAGUCUUAGAAUAACUCUUGGCAUCCCAAUUAAAAGCUGGAUCACUUCCUCCAAAUAGUCUUCGCUCACUUCCGGGAGUGGGUUGUAUUCACCUUUAGCUCUGUUCAUGAGACACUCACAUGGGAUAUUCCUAGCCUUCUGCCCCCUUAGUUACGGGCAUUCCAGCCUCACUGCUGUAUAACCAGAGGCAUGGGAGCUGCAGCUGUCAGAAUCCUAAUCCCUUCUGCUUGGACUCGUUACCAGUGUGUACAGUAGUAAACUGUGUGCUGUGAUGCUAGCCUUUCAGUCACUACCAGAGGUCUCAGCAGCAAAAACAAAAAUUGUGGAUAAUACGUUUUAACCUUCUAGAAACUCAGCUAACUCCUUUAGGUAUGUCCAGGCUUUCCAUUUAAAUAUUAGCUUUAAGGCAGACACGUAUAAUGAAGACGUCUUUCUUUAAUGGGAGAGAUCUAAAUUGGGAGCAAAACAUGUGACCACUUUUGCUAUCGUUUUAGCUGUGUAGCCUCAAUGACAUAAUUUAACCUUGGCUUUCCUGAUUUGCAAACUGUAGGGGAAAUAAUGUCUUCUAACUUGCUGAAGUAUGCUGUAAAAGAAAAUGUGGUGGUUGUAAAAAGUACUUUGGGAUUCUUGGAAGAAAGGAGUGCUAUAUUAAUUCACGUUUUCAAGAAAUAAUGAAGAAAACAUCAAUAUAUCAUCAACCAUCAUUUCAUUACUUGUUGGAUUCAGAAGCUCAAGAAGAGACCAGAGAAGACUAUGAUGACAAGCAGGUGGUCACAGAGAUCAUGGCAAGAUGUUUUAUUCCGACUUCGAUAACAACUACUUCCUGGGAAAGUUUUCAUUUUAUUGGUCAUGAGAUUCGAAUUACUGAGGCCAUGGAUUGUUAUGGUGCUGUUGUUUGGCCAUCGGCCCUUGUUCUAUGCUAUUUCCUGGAAACAAAUGCAAAGCAGUAUAAUAUGGUUGACAAAAACGUGAUUGAAAUUGGAGCUGGAACAGGACUAGUCUCCAUUGUGGCAAGUUUACUUGGUGCUCAUGUGACGGCCACAGAUUUACCCGAAUUACUUGGAAACCUGCAAUAUAAUAUUUCCCGAAACACCAAAAUGAAAAGCAAGCAUUUGCCUCAGGUUAAAGAACUCUCCUGGGGAGUAGCUUUAGAUACAAACUUCCCCAGGUCUUCUAAUAAUUUUGACUAUAUUUUGGCAGCAGAUGUGGUCUACGCUCAUCCUUUCUUGGAAGAGCUCCUCAUUACCUUUGACCAUCUGUGCAAAGAAACCACCAUCAUCCUCUGGGCCAUGAAAUUCAGGUUGGAGAAGGAAAAUAAAUUUAUAGAUAGAUUUAAGGAGUUGUUUGACCUGGAGGAAAUUUCCAGUUUCCCUAGCCUGAAUAUUAAGUUGUAUAAAGCUGUGAAGAAAAACCGGAGGAGUGUAUGACAUCCUCAGUGAGGACGUGGAAAGGUUAAGGCAAUUUUUAGCAAAUAAUCACUUGAAAGAAAACCCUGAAUAACCUUAUGUGCCAUUGAGUUUCCCAAGGGCGAAUACACACACAGAUGCACACACACACACACACCCCACUAAGAGAAUAGAAGACAGUUUUCCAAAUUUGCCUCACCCCAGGCAGUAAUUUUUCCAGAUACUGCAUGUGAGUCUGUAGGAUUGGGGGUAACUUGUUCCUAGUUUGUCUCCAUCAGCACCCAGGCCUGCCUUCUACUCAUGCAGUAAUAGAAACUCUUGGCAAAGUCACACUGUGCUGUCAUUGUCUGCUGUACUUAUUCCUUACAUCACCAUUUAUCAUUAUUUUAAUCAAUGGUGCAAUUAUUAUUUUUAACGUAUAGUCACAAAAUGAUAGUUUUUAAUGAUAUCUCUUCAGUGAAACUUGUUAUUAAUUCUUUUAAACAUAAGGUUAUUUUUUUCUCUUUAGAAAUAAGGAAAUCAACUACAGUGGGAUCUGCAAAUAAAUCUGAACAGGCAGAUACAUAAUGUAAUGGUAAA